UCUAUUCCCGCGUCGAAUAUUUUUUCACUCCCCUUCUUCAAUAAGGGGUGACGUAAGAUGAACAGUGACUCACUCAUCACUACCCCUCAAAGAAGUGAUCACUAGUGCUUCUGCUUCCUUUGUAAAUGCCCUUCCGCUCGAUCGCAAUUUCCUCUCCCUCAUAACAUUUCAGUUCCUGCACUUGCUGUUUCUGGAAGAGUAAUUACAUUACGAUCUUCACUCUAUUGCUUUUUCAAUUGCUGUUUUAGGAAGAGGGAUGAACAACAACUCCUACUCCUCCUACUCCUCCUCAGGCUCACCGCAGUUUGUCCCGCCAAACUUGCCGCCUGGAUGGAGAUUCUACCCGUCCGAUGAAGAACUGGUUGAUCAUUAUUUGAAGCGGAAGAGGCGUGGUGAUCCUAUAGAUGGCUUGGACAUCGGCGAGGUUCAAAUAUGCGAUUAUGAUCCCAAGGAUCUUCCAGAUCUUUCCAAGAAUAAAUCUAGGGAUAAGGUGUGGUAUUUCUUUUGUCUUCGCCUGUAUCACAAGAACAGUGGCCUGGCUAAGAGGAAGGCAAAAGGUGGAUACUGGAAAUGCACAGGUGACCCUCGCUUGGUCACGGCUCAAGAUAGCGAUGAGGAGAUUGGAAUAAAGAGAACUUUGGUUUUCCAUAAUCCCGACGCCACUCAAUGGGUCAUACAUGAGUAUGAGUACACUGCAGCACUCAACUCGCCUGUUAAGGGCAAUUAUGUUCUUUGUAAAUUAAAGAUAAAAUCAAAUAAGAAGGAAAAGGCAAGUAAGAGGUCAAAGAAAGCUGAACCAGAUUGCAAGAAUACAAGGCCUAAAAAGAAGGCAAGAAAAUGUGAAUCAGACAGUAAUUUGACUUCUGCUUCUGCUUCCAGAAACAAAAAGUUAGAGGAGAUGACGGCUUAUUCAGCCUAUGGUGAAGGUGAACCAAGCAAUGCUAUAAUUUUGGAUUUAGAAAACGAAAAUCCAAGUAUGGCUGCUAACUCCACCUAUAACGAAUGUGAGACAAGCAGUCUGAUGGAUUCUAAUUUUGAGAAUCCUUUCUAUAAAAAGGCUAUUGAUUCAUCUCGUAAUACGGGUGAAACAAGUGGCCCAAUGGCUUCUUAUUUGGAAAAUCAUAGUCCAAAUGUGAUGACCGCUAUGUCAUCAUAUUCUGGUUUAGAACAUGAAAUUCCAUGUGAGAUAACUUCUCUUUCAACUAAUAAUCAAGUUGAAACAAGUUGUUUUAAGACCUAUGAUUUUCAAAAUCAAUGCUCAAAUGCAUUUGAUAAAGGGAAAUGCUUAAAUGCAUUUGAUAAAGGGAAAUCAAGUUACCUCAUUACUUUGGAUUUUGAAAAUCAAAAUCCUAGUAAGAUCUGGGACUUAUCAGCCUCCAGAGAAGGUGAACAGUGUCCUCUACCGGAAACACCUACUGAUUUUGAAUAUCGAAAUCAAUGCUUAAAUGCAUUUGAUAAAGGGAAAUGCUUAAAUGCAUUUGAUAAAGGGAAAUCAAGUUACCCCAUUACUUUGGAUUUUGAAAAUCAAAAUCCUAGUAAGAUCUGGGACUUAAAAGCCUCCAGAGAAGGUGAACAGUGUCCUUUACUGGAAACACCUACUGAUUUUGAAUAUCAAAAUCAACGCUUAAAUGCAUUUGAUAAAGGAAAAUCAAGUUACCCCAUUACUUUGGAUUUUGAAAAGCAAGAAGCAAUGUAUCAAGGAGAGCAAUCCCAACAUAAUACAGAGAUGACGAUCUCUAAAGAUAAUGAUGCUCUGUGGAGAGCUUUUGGUGUAACUAAAUUUCCUGAGAUAAGCUCUGAACUUCUGGACAAGCUGAUAACAAGGUUUGAACCAGAAGACAGCUUCAAUUCUGCAGCACAGCAACUUCUUUGCAUUGAGGAAAGCCUCAAUAACAAAACCUUGGUACCUCUGUCCAUUUGAAUAGGAUAUGUUCCUAUUAGGUUCCUAUUCUGGAGCUAAACGGCGUAGUAGUACGAGAAUAGACUUUAGUUCAAUUUAUGUAUUUCUAAAAAGGGUAUGACCCUCUGUGGUUUGUUAAAUGCAUCAGAAAGAAACUAAAACUAGUGUAGUAACCAAACAGCUCUAGUUGUUUGGUUCCUCACGUCGAUGGUUUAUCUGCCUACUAAUAGGCGUAAUGAUAGGUGUGGUGAUUUAGUAACUGCAGCUUCUGGCUGCAAUCCAUCAUGACAUGGCCUUUAUCCUCCUAAAUUAGGCUAUGUUCUUAUAAAAAUGUUACCAUUGACUUAUCUUGAGUCAUGGUUAGAUUAUUGUAUUCUGCUAGGAAGUUAUAACCAAGAAAUUUUAUAUAUCUCCAUGUAUAACUCUGGUCCUUGUAUGUAGAUGUGCAAGUACUUGUAUUUUCUGGAUAUGUACCUGUGUAUUGUUGUAAAAGUGAAUAAAAAGUUCAGUUUAAGUGAAAA